GAGACAGACGUCAGUGACGAGGCCGAUGACGCCGAGAAAGACGACGACGACGAGUCUCAACAUGGCUCAGAGUUCUCCGACUCCGCUGAUGAAGCUUUCCCAGAAGUGGCGCUCCGUGGGUUUGAUUGGAACGACCUGCAGCACCGCUAUCGUGCUCGAAUGGAUGAGCUGAAUCGCGAGGAGAACAAAGUACUUGAGGAUUUCAAUCGGCUCAUCGGCUAUUUCAGCAUCUGGGCCGAUGUUGGAAGCGGGCAGGAACUCCACCGUGGCUCUAAGCGGCUCAGAACCCAGCUCGUGUACGUGCAGCACGAGGAAGAACAACUCGAGAAGAAGCGACAGCAUUACAUUCAGGUCGUCGACGCAUUCAAGAGUGCGCUUGCUCUUCUCCAA